CUCAACCUCAUCACAUAUCUUCUGUAUCACUUGUUUUUCUGCUUCACAGACUAUACUUCAUUGGAAAAGUAUAAUUAUAUUUAAUAUGAGGUUGCAAUCUACCUUGUUCGACCAGCUACAGAACGAAUUUUGCCCUCCACUGGAUACAUCACUUUUGGCGGCGUUAAUAGCUGACAUAGAAAGCGACGACAAUGGGAGCUUUGUUGAACCGUCAUCAACAGACAUUGCCAACCUUCGAGCCUCGCUGACUGAGCUUGCUGCUGAAGCCGAGACCUCUCAACUUUCCGAACAAUAUGUGAACCUCAACUUGGGUGCAGGUUACUCUGACGAUACAACCAGCACUCCCAGUGCAUAUGUAGGGGAAACCUCGACAUCGAGCACUUCUGGUUCAGUAUCGUCGCAAUCUUCAUUUAGCUCCCCUUUAGGUUUUCUGCAAGCCGCUCUACCGCACAUUAAACAUGACCAAUUAAACCGGGCUCUGUCUAAUACUCAGCCUGGUGAUAGUGAGAUGGACAUGUGGGAUCUUGUAGCUGGAAUCCUGUCGGAAGAACGGAUACGAGAAAUGGAGGAGCGUGGUCUUGACGGAUCGGAGGAUGCGGACAAUAUGGAGGACGAGUCUCCAUGGAACAUGGUUUGUUCAAAGAAGAAAGUUCUUCGUGCCGGAGAGCACAAGACUACUGGGAAGAAGAGAAAGAGGAAUAAGCCAAUUGCCCUUACAGAUAUUCGCCAGCAGCACAGAUGCGCACCCGUUCGAUCGAAUAGUCUUGACUCUCCUCGAGGCGGACCGAUGCCAAUAUCAGAUAGGUGGACUCAGCUCUCAUCGCUAUCGACCCAUGUGUCGACGUUUCUACCACCCCACGAACCUUCCUUCUUCCUCUCCUAUUUCCAUUCCCCGAGCUACUCUUCUCCGUAUGCAGCACUCUUCUCUGCCCUUUCCACGAUCAACAGGUCACACCAACCCGAUGUUGAUAAGCACAUACCCGUUCUUGUUACCUUGCUCGAAAUGUUACACACAAUUUACGAAGAUUUAAAUUCAGAAGAGCACUCUCGACUCAGAUUAGACGCCGAACUUUGCGUCAAUGCCACACAAGGAAGAGGUGACGACGCUUUUGAGCUUGCCAAACUUCUUCGAGAGCUCGACACCGACUCCUCUUCUGGUUAUCUACAGAUGGGCGUGUAUCACUCUUCUCAGCCGACAUCUGCGCCUCAGAAUGUAUCAGGACCUCUGAAAUCGCUAGAACCUCCACCUUCGCCAUUACCUCCGAAGACACAAUAUACUUCUGUGCCACCGGCUGUGGCUCACAAACCGAGUCCGUAUCAGUGGCAAUCUGUCAAACGGCAGAAGGGGCCAGAACGUAUUCCACAGUCACUACCCAUGCACAUCCCAGCUUAUACGAGGGAUGUCAAUGGGAUGAAGAUCAAGGGAAGUGGCAAUGGAAUUGGCAAAUGUGGCAAAGGCGACGUGGGGGAAAUCGAUGAAUAUAGAAAGCGGAUGAACGAGAGCAUGAAGAAGAGGGACGAGAUGCUCAAGGAAGCAGCGUUAAUGUGGCAGCGCGGAACUAGCAAAAGUAGAGGCGGGGAGGUGGCUAUGUAUUAUGCUGAAAGGGCACGCGAACUCCAGGAAAUGGCUAAGAAAGACGCGCUGCAUGUUGCCUACAUGAUGGUGGAUGCCAAAAGAGAAGCAUCAAAUGAUGCCAAUACUUUGGAUCUACACGGAACAACCGCUGCCGAAGCUAUCUAUGUUGUGAAAGAGACAUUGAAGACGAUCGAUGUGUCCGCCAAGCCUUUGAAAGUCAUCACGGGGCGUGGUAGUCACUCCGUCAAUCAAGUCAGUGUGCUAAAGCCUGCUAUUCGAAUGGGACUCGUAGAAGAUGGAUGGAUGGUCAGCUCCUGGGAUGCCGGACUAAUCAUUCGAGGAAGACGCGCUGGAGCAUCAUGACAAACAGAGCGUCUAUGCUCUCCUCCGAGUCCCCAUUCAACGGCGCUCCAUCUGUUCUCUUGCUCGCUGAUACUGGUGGUAAUAUGAUGUUUCAUGGUCUUUCCUGUCCUUACCCGAUUUAUAUUUUGUUUUCAGACUUGAAAUAUUGCUAGGUUCUAUAUUCUCGUGUUUGUAUCUACUACCUGUAUCGUCAGAGUAUUUUUAUGCCUGUAGCUAUCGCCGCUGCCGUAUCCUUUAGGUUAGAAUAAUCUCAUCCCGCUAUUUACCAACCUCGCCUUCCAUAUGUAAGCAUGAUGUCC